AAUCGCCUCUGAUGGAACUUGCGCUUUUCGCCCUCCUUCCGCCCAGCCACUUCUCGCCUGGUACUCCAACCUUGGAAGAAGAGUUCUUCCUUCUCUUAGUCCCAUUUGCCUAAAUCCUGGAAUCGAAAGGGUUGAACAGUGGGGACCGGAAGUGUGCGCAGCAGCAGCGGGUCCCCAGCAAAUCACCGGAAGUAGCACUUGCUAGAGGAGGAUUCCGCCGGCUUCGUUAUGGCAGCCAUUCCCCCAGACUCCUGGCAGCCGCCCAACGUUUACUUGGAGACCAGGUGAGAGGGUGGGGGUCGGUCCCUGGGGCUGGGCUGGCGGAGGCGACACGGAGCCCAGGCCUCGUCCUGGGCUCGGUUCCCCGCGCGCUGCCCCCAAGAGGCCAGGCUUCAUUCACGUCAGAGAGCGGGAAGCGGCGACCGUGAAGACCCCUGAGGGCGGAUCGAGGACCGCCACUCCUGCGCCGAGCACUGCACAGGCCCGCGCUGCGACCUCGAGACAGCUGCCUGGUGUUCGUCCUCCUUGCACUCCGUUCACUCUCUUGCUCAUUCAUUCAUUCAACAAACGAGGAGUGAGUCCACAAGCCAGGCAGGGUCUUGCUAAGGUGGCAAGGCUGGCCUUUUACUUGGAUCCUCCUGCCUCAGACUCUGGAGUAACUGGGAUCACAGCAUGGGAAUCAUUGUACUGGAGCUGUACUGGAAACAUGCUCCCAAGACCUGUAAGAACUUUGCUGAGCUGGCUCGUCGAGGUUACUACAAUGGCACCAAAUUCCAUAGAAUCAUCAAAGAUUUCAUGAUCCAGGGUGGUGACCCAACAGGGACAGGUCGAGGUGGUGCAUCUAUCUAUGGCAAACAGUUUGAAGAUGAACUUCACCCAGACCUGAAGUUCACUGGGGCUGGAAUUCUCGCAAUGGCCAAUGCAGGGCCAGACACCAAUGGCAGCCAGUUCUUUGUGACCCUUGCCCCGACCCAGUGGCUCGAUGGCAAACACACCAUUUUUGGCCGAGUGUGCCAGGGCAUAGGAAUGGUGAAUCGAGUGGGGAUGGUGGAAACAAACUCCCAGGACCGCCCUGUGGACGAUGUGAAGAUCAUUAAGGCAUACCCUUCUGGGUAGACUUGCCGCCCUCGUGGGUGUGCCCAGGUCUUCUGCAGGGGCCUCAGCAAACCAGCUUCCAGAUGACCAAGAGUGACAUGUAACAACUUCAUUUUGGCCUUGAAUCUGUUGGCUCUAAGGGAGCUUGGGGUCUUGGGUGAGUUAGAGAUGGAAGUGUACUUUAACAGGAUGCUUCUCUUUUCUUUGCCUAGUGCCUAGGCUGACAGGGCAUUUGCAGAAAUGCCUGUAUAUGUUUAUUUACAGGUUACUGCCCACUGUGGAUGACCCAUAUUUCUCCUUGCUGUGCAUGUCUGCUCUGAUACACUUGGAACAAAGUGAAGCAGGCUGUGUCAUCUUACAGAGCCUAAACAAACUUGUUCCUGGAGAGAUUUAUAUUCUGGCCUACACUGCAGUCUCUGGUAGCUGACAGCCACAGAAUUCAAAACCAAGUAGUGUCUAUCAGCCUCGUUAACUCUGCACACCCCAUCUUAGUCUCCUAAGUCUCCCUGUUCUUCCAGGGAACGUGUAUGUCUCUAUAUUUUCCCUCUCAAAACCAGAACAUCAACACUGCUGUUUCUGAUGCUUAAACAUCCCACACAAAGCCACAUUGAAUUUUUGCCAAAUGAAAAAUGCAUCCAACAAUCAAGUUUCUAAAAAGGUGCCAAGCGAGGAAUGAUAAUGUUUAAUAAUUGAGAAAGGAAUUUAUUAGAAGGAAGCAGAGGCAUUGACCAUUUUUCCCCCAGAAGAAGUCUGUAGUGAGCACAAGGAUAGACUGCAUUCUCCUUCAGAGCUGCGCUCUCAAGGAAAAGUACCACCUAAGUUUUUUAAUCUAAGACGUUAGAGAAAUCAGAUGAGAGAUUUUUGUACAUUAAAAAAAAAAAAAACUUUCUGGGUUUAGGGGAGGAAUAGGGAUGAGAGGAAGUUAAUA